GAUCCAAAAUAUAGAAUUCCGAUCUCUUUCCUUUCUGGGAAUAACGCCGCUCCAAUCCCUCGGUAAACAAGUUGCCGGCAGCCUAACAGAUCAGAUCUGGCAGCAACCCACUCCAUCGGAGAAGGUAAAGCUCAAAUUUCACGUGGCUCAGGUGACAAGACAUCACAUGUUAAAUAGGGGUGGGGUGCGCAAGAUGUAUCUAUGACAAUUACUAUUUCUACAUCUACAAUCAUUCUUCAUGGCCUCUACUUCUGCUUCUUCCCCAUCAGUGCCUUGUAAUUACGAGGUAUUCUUGAACUUUAGAGGUGUAGACGUCCGCAACAGUUUCCUGAGUCAUCUCGAGAAAGCUUUAGUCCGUGCAGGAAUCAACACCUUUAAAGAUGACAAAGAGCUGGAAAGAGGAAAAGAGAUUAACCCUGAACUGCUAAAAGCCAUAGAGAGCUCUACAAUUGCAAUUACUGUGUUCUCCGAAAACUAUGCCGAUUCUAAAUCGUGCCUGGACGAGCUCGUCAAAAUCCUCGAUUGCAAGGACAAGUUGGGGCAGGUGGUACUACCCAUCUUCUUCUAUUUAGAUCCCUCAGACGUUAGCAAUCAGAGAGGGAGCUUUGGCAAAAGAUUCGCAGUUCACCAGACGGUUGCGGAGGAGAAAAUAGAGAGUUGGAAGACUGCUCUUUCCAAGGCUGGGAAUAUUGCUGGGUUUACGGUUGGGAAUGGGACAACCAAGAAUGAGGCCGAGGUGAUCGAGACAAUUAUUGCAUGUGUUUUGGAAAAACUGCCUCGCACUUACCUUAGUGAUGAGGAGGGCCUUUUCGGAAUUGAGUAUCCAGUCAGGAAUAUAAUAUCACUCUUGAGUCUUAACUCUGAAGAUGUUCGUUUUAUAGGAAUCUAUGGAAUGGCUGGAAUAGGAAAGACAACAGUUGCCAAGGAAAUUAGGAAGAGAAUCCUUUCAAAAUUUUAUGGUAACUGCUUCCUUGAAGACGUCAAGCUAGGAUCAAAACGUGAUGGACUGGUUGAGUUACAAAAGAGACUCCUAUUUGACAUCUUAAGAGUCCGAGACUUGCACCUAAGUGAUAUUGAUGAUGGAAUUGAUAAGAUUAGGCGUCGAUUAAGGAACAAAAAGGUUCUUAUCAUCCUAGAUAAUGUUGACAAUUUCAAACAACUUGAUGCUCUUGCUAAAGAGAGAAGAUGGUUUGGCAUUGGCAGUAGAAUCAUAGUAAUAUGUAGAGAUGAACAUUUGUUAAAUGUCCAUGGAAUGGAUGCCAAGCAUGAGGUCCUGCGUUUAAACAGUGAUGAUGAUAGGCAGCUUUUUUCUUGGCAUGCCUUUAGACAGCAUGGUCCACCGGCUGAUUAUGCAGACUGUGCUCUUGAGAUUGUGAGAUAUGCUCAAGGACAUCCAUUAGCUCUUAAAGCUUUGGGUGCUUUCUUAUGUGAUAAAACUGAUCUAUCUGAGUGGACUAGUGCAUUGGAGGAACUCAAAAGUACUCAACCUCCAGAAAUUUUUGGAACACUUAAAAUAUGUUUUGAUUUACUGGAGCAUGAACAAAAGAACACAUUUCUCGACAUUGCAUUCUUCUUUGUAGGGAGGGAUAAAGACCAUGCAAUUCAUAUAUUAGAUGGCUGUCCUGGUUUCAGAUGUAUCCAUCUCCAUAUUCUUACACAAAAGUGUCUCUUAACAAUUAGUGAAAACAAGGUAGGAAUGCAUGAUCUGCUUCAAGAAAUGGCAAAAGAAAUUGUUCGUAGGGAAAAUUAUGAUAAACCUGGUGAACGCAGCAGACUGAACUCUUGUAAGGAUGUUCGUAAGGUGCUGAAAUACAAUCAGGGCACAGACAAGGUCAUUGGCCUUAAGGGGAUCUUCCCUGAAUUAAGGGAGAAGCCAUUUAAGACUGAAGCAGUUGCAAAGAUGAAUGAAGUAAGAAUACUCCAACUUAGAAAUGCUCUCUUUGUUGGAGGCUGUGAACAGUUGUCUGAAGAAUUGAGAUGGUUAUGUUGGGAAAGAUGUCCUUGGGAAUCGGUACCGCCUAGUUUAAAUCUCAAAAGAUUGGUUGUACUGGAGUUAAGAUGCAGCAACCUCCAACAUCUUUGGGAGCAAACUAAGGUUCUUAAAAAACUAAAAGUCCUUGAUCUCAGUCACUCACAUAACUUAAUCAGAACCUCUGACAUCUCAGGUCUUUCAAGUGUUGAGAAAUUGAUCUUCAAAGACUGCAUUAAUUUGACUGAGUUACAUCAUUCCAUUGGCAAACUUAGCAAGCUCAUUUGCUUGGACUUGGAAAACUGCAAGAACCUCGUAUAUCUUCCUGAAGAGAUCUGUGAGUUAAGUUCCCUUGAGAAGCUUAAUUUGCCUCUCUGCUCAAAACUAAAGGGGUUGAAGAAUUUAACCAAAUCCGUUAGCCAUCUUAAGACUUUUAAAGGAUUUCUUUACAGCAUCAUGAUGGGAAGUGCAGGUGACUACAGUUUGUCUCGAUUAUGGAGUUUGGCUUCUGCGAAGGAAUUGAAUCUGUCAUUUUGCAAUCUCUCAGAUACAUCAUUACCAGGAGAUUUUGGUGGGUUACCAAAUUUGGAGAAGUUGUUUCUAAAAGGAAACACUUUUCAUUGCUUACCAACCUGUUUAUCACAUAUACCGAAGUUAAAGAAGCUUGAUGUUUCUGAAUGCGAUCUAUCAGGCACAACAAGUCCCAUGGUUCUCACAAACCCCUCAUUGAGGGAAUUGGAUUUAAGCAAAAACAACUUUUGCAGACUAGCAGUCGAUCUUACUUCCCUUCCUCUUGAGUGUGGAGUGAGUUUGAUAGAAUGCAAGAAGAUACAGGCAGUAGAAACUAUAUCACGUUGGAGAUUGGUUGCAUUAGAUUGCACAUCAUUGGAGAAAUUGACAUUCAAAGGAGAGCUUAAUUGUAUUGUGUUAGCAGAAGAAGAGAGCUUCGAACCAAGUUUCUUAGUAUGUUAUCGUGGUUGUGAAAAAUUAGUAGAGAUUGAGGGCGAAUAUAAGCUGAAACCUUUAACUGGCAGUCAACUUGAUGAGUUAGAGCGGUUGUUUGGAUUGGAUUUCGGGUACAAAGGAUCGGUGUCCGCCUCUUAUCUGACCAGGAUAUAGACCCACACUUGUCUGGAGUACGGCCUCUUCAUCUGCCAAGGUUGAGGUAACCUGUUGAUGCACAUAUGAUUUUCCAUAAGGUUGAGGACACCUCUGAUCAGUGUUUUAAAAACCAGACCAGACCGGCCGGUUUAACCAGGUGGUUGGCCGACCGGUUGUUUUCCCCUAGCCUUUUUUAAUUUUGAGACUUGUAGUUGUAUGAUUUUUUUUAUCUAUUUAUUUAGUUUUAAAACAUGUUUUUAAUUUAUAUUUAGUUUUGUGACUUAUUUUUUAUUUUAUUAUAUGAAUUUAUAUAUUUAUUAAGUUUAAUAUAAACUGAAAAUUGCU